AUGGAGCUGAAAGGAUGGAAAGACACGGGAGGGGUGGAGGGGAUGCAUAAGAAAGGGCAGAUGGUGCCCUUGGGUGGCUCUCUGGCCUCAGAGCUGGCGUUCUUGCUGGAGCCCAGUGAUGUGAUUGCAGUGAGAGAUCACCCUCUCAUGCUGGACUGUCGGGUGCAGGGUGAAGAGCCGAUCAUGGUUACCUGGCGUAAAAAUGGGGUGCUGUUACCCACCGGCCAACGAGUUCAGGUGCUGGUGAAUGGCACGCUGUUCAUCCAGAGCUUCCAGAAACGCAGAGAGGGGACUGACACAGAUGUGGGCGAGUACGACUGUGCUGCCCAAAAUCGCUAUGGCAUGCUGGUCAGCCGCAAGGCCCGAGUCCUUUUGGCAUCUCUUCCUAAGUUCCACACCCACCCAGCGUCCAUGUCUGUGGAUGAGGGAGGUGUCGCUCGUUUCCAGUGUCAGAUCAACGGAGUACCUGAGGCCAACAUCACCUGGGAGAGAGACAGAGUGCCAUUCAACACAACUGACAACAGGUACACUCUCCUACCUAUGGGUAUUCUCCAGGUGAUGGGUGUGAGGCGGGUGGAUUCUGGGGUUUACCGAUGUGUCGCCACCAACCCAGCCAACACUCGCUACAGCCAUGAGGCCGUGCUCAACGUCACUGGCGGAGCUCCCCGAACCUACAAAGAGCCGGUCAUCCUGUCGGGACCUCAGAAUCUGACCAUCACUGUCCAUCAGACGGCCAUCUUGGAGUGUAUCGCCACAGGAAAUCCGAAGCCCAUUGUUUCCUGGAGUAGGCUAGAUGGACGCUCUAUUGGAGUGGAAGGUAUCCAGGUUCUGGGGACGGGGACCCUGAUGAUCUCAGAUGGUUCCCUACAGCACUCUGGUGUGUAUGUGUGUGCAGCCAAUCGGCCCGGCACCAGAAUGAGACGUACUGCACUGGGACGACUCGUGGUGCAAGCUCCUCCUGAGUUUGUGCAGUGGCCACAGUCUGUGUCCAAACCAGCAGGGGGCAGUGCUGUGUUCAUCUGUGUGGCCAAGGGCGUCCCAGAGCCUCACCUCAUCUGGCUGAAGAACGGCAAGGUUCUGAUGCCUGGACACAACAUCAGACUGACCAACCACAACAGCACUCUGGCUCUGACUCGUAUCAGCUCAGAGGAUGAGGCCAUCUACCAGUGCAUCGCCGAGAACAGUGCCGGCACCAACCAGGCCAGCGCCCGUCUGGCUGUGGCCCAAGCUAAAGACCUGCCUGCCGCCCCUCAGGGCCUCACAGCCAGCGUCCUGUCCACCAAUGCCCUGCAGAUUGCAUGGAGCCCGCCAACCGCCGACAUCAGUGACAGCAUCAUUGGAUAUGUACUGGCCAUCCGUAAGAUAGGAGAGCCUGACAGUCUGGAGCUGCAGGAAGCCAUCAGUAAAGGCAGUUUCCAGCAUGAUGUGACCAACCUGGAACCAGCCACCACCUACUCCCUCUACCUGAAGGCCUACUCUCCUCUGGGAGCCAGUGAGCCAUCCCUCACUGUAGUGGCUACAACACUAGGGGGCGUGCCAGCCCCUCCCACCUUCUUCACCAAGGUAGUGAACUCCAGCACCAUGCAGGUCCUCUGGGAGCUGCCCAGUAAGGCUGGCAAGGCUGAGGGCUUCAGGCUGUCCUACCGCAGGGUGCCCCACACCGACUUCCAGGGGUCUGUCCAGCUGCCCUGCCACAUCAAUGCCCACACCGUUUAUAAUCUGGAACCAGGUGCAGUGUAUGAGGUCAAACUGGUGGCCUACAAUGGAAACGGGGAGAGUGACUGCUCCAAGCGGCUGGUGUCGCUGGCAGAGGAAGGCAUGAGUGAGCAAAGUACUGGCGGCAACAGUCUGUGUCAGUGCAGAGAUGGAGAGGCCUCUCUGGGGAGCAUUGUCAUUGGCAUCCAUAUUGGCACUGCCUGCAUCAUCUUCUGUGUUCUCUUCCUCAUAUUUGGAUACCGUUGCAGCCUGUUUUGCAGUAAAGGGACUCAGGACAGCUGGUCUGUUCCGAGGGACAACACAAGACACAAUGGCAACCCUAAAGAUGGAGUACACCCCCCAAGGAUACAGUCAGCAGCUCAGGUGGUCUGUCCAGCACAAUGCCAAGUUGUCAUUGAGCAGCUCUCAUCGGGUUUGCCUGGCACGGGCACUGGCUAACACUGGCUUAUAAUAUCAGCACCUACAUCCCUGCCCUCCCCUCCAGUAGUCCGUGACUCACUCGAGUAAAAACCCGAGUCUCCCAGUCAGUGAGCACCUUCUUUGUUCACAGAUUGGAUGCAGUCGUAGGUUUAUUCACCCCAAAACCUACUGCUAAUAACCCGACAGUAGCCUCCAGAAAAUUAUGACAAAUUCAUAUAGAGCUACGUAGGUGACACCCUGGUUCUCUGCCACCUCGUCCACAUCCUUCACCCCUACCUCAAACCAAAGCCUAUUGCCUUUAUUGCCUGUGCAUGUGCACAUGUACAUGUAGAAAAAGCCUUCAAUAGCAUAGUCACUCCAGAUUAGGUCCUGUCACAUUCUUUGUGUGUACAACACAAAUAUUUGUGUCACAUUUCUAGUGGGAGUCUGCUCCAUAACCAAAAUAUUUUAUUGCUCAGAUCUCCACUGUUAAGCUGAUGUGAAGAUGUGCUCUGUAAUCUUAAAACCCCAUAUUCUCACCUGACUGGGACAUGCCAACUAAUCUGUUGACGCUUGACUUUGCCUUUAGUUCCUCACAAUAAGAAAGGGAAGAAACGGCGGCCUUUGCGAACGCCUUACAGAGAUGAGAGUACGAUUGGAAAUGAUUUCCUAUCGCCAUAUGAGCCAUUUAGAAGAACCACGUAAGCAGGCAUUCUUUACUCAACUGUCCCUCACCCAAAAGCUAAGUACCUCCAAAGAAAGUUACUCAGUCUAACAAGAAUGUCUAAGAAAUUAAGGCCAAUGAUAGCCUGAUGAUGCUGUUUGUGCCGCACUACCUCAACCAAGAAACCCUUUCCCUUCAACAACUACUUCCUUGACCAGUGCCAGUACCAGUGUGCUGUGCAUCCCGCCGACCGUGCCAGACCAGAGGGUGCUCACCAGGAUGACUACCAUGGAGAGUAUAACUGUGGCAGAUCCCGAAUUCCACCGCCACAAGGCCCAGCCUUUACUGUACCAGAGAUCUGCUAAACUCCUGUUCAGACCAGCUCACCUUUUGUUUCCAGCAACUUUCAUGGAUUGGAUUAUAUCAAGAAGGCAACAUGGCGUUGUCUCCUUGAUUAUUGUUGCUCCAUUAUGUGGUUAUCCAUAGCUUUCAAAUACCCACGCGUGUCCAUCUCCAAAGACAUACUUGUGCAGAGGAUGUAGCUCAUAGAAGAUAUGGACCGACGCGUGCUCUGUGAACCUUUCAGUACCGUGAUUUCAAAAUGAUCUGUGAAGUUCAGAUUAACAGGAGCAGUCUGCACAAACCUGAUGGCAUGUGGAGGACAAGCCAGAAAAAGGCUCUUUAAGGCUGUUGCUGCCAAGUUAACUCUCCAGAUGCCAAAUAGGUCACCCUGGGACCUCGACCAUGCUGAGUUGGCAGCUAAAAAGUUUUAAAGUGAUACUUGCCUAAAUGCCAAGCUGUUGUUUCACCUAGUCAGCCUAUCCAAAAAGUUCUUCUAUGAAAACCAAGCUGAAUGAGAUCCAAAGAUGUAAACAUUUUGAUGGUUUUCUUUACUGUAUUUUCUUUGAGGAGAGAUUACAUUUACUUCAAAUUGUGGAUAGCUUCUAUUUGAAAGGGGUGACCUGAGCAUGAAGUGCUUUAACUGAAUACAAGCCAAAAAUGUUGCUUAUGAUUUCAUUUUGUUUUGAGUAAUAUCUUUCAUGUCCUAGAGUUUGGAAGUCAUUUCAGGUGCCACCCCUUCAAUAUGAAACUGUACUUUGUU